AUGUCGAAUGACAACACCAAUGACCAACCCAUUAGAGUCCUUGAAGCUGAGGGACCAGGUGUACCGCUAUCUGAUUUGCUUGUGGAUAUCGAGCCUCGUGCAAUCAAUACAAACAAUGAUGCCUGCAACUGUGCAAAGCUUGACAUGCCCGAGGCCGAGUUCAUACGAUUCAUUAUCCAUGUGCAAUCAGCUCCAGCCAUGUAUCAGCACAUGCCAACAGUGGUCACAAAGGACUUCGUCUCAAGGAUGUAUUAUUCAUUCCCGAACCAUGACAAACACACUGAUAAGAAGCGCAACGAAGAAGCCAAGGUAUUGAUCUCAUCCAUGUCAAAAUCAACAUAG